CCUUCAAAGUUCCCACACAUUGUCAUUGAUUGACCGUUGACUUUGACACCCCCCACCACCCUCCUCUCCUUUCCUCCUUCACUCCUCAAUCCAAAGCAUUCGAAUCCCCAUCUGGCUUUUCCCCUCCAAACCAAUAUCUCAAAUGGGUCGCCGCCAAAACGACUCUGAACCAUCCCGUUUCAUCUCUCUCACCUUCCUCUUGGCGGGUUUUAUUUCUUGUGCUUUAGUCUACACUGUUCUCUCCGUAGCUCUCAAUUCUAAUACAAAUUCUAAAGGUUCAAACUUCGAGCCUUUGACAUUGGCAGAGGAGAGUAAUGAUGGUGGGUGUUGCAGAGGGAUUGAGAAGUUGGAGCUUUGGGGAGGUGCAGUGAAGUGGGGGUCGGAUCAUAAGUUCAAUUCUUCUAAGGAGUGUUGUCAGGCUUGUAAGGCUAUGUGCACUGGUACUGAUGGGCCUUGCUUGUGUGAUACUUGGGUGUUUUGUGGCAAUAAAAAGGCUUGUGGGUCUAAAUUUGGGGAGUGUUGGCUGAAGAAACAAAAGGAUAUACUUUCCCCUGAUCGACAGGAAGCAGGGGACCAUGUUAUUUGGACUUCUGGGCUUAUCUUUGGAAAAGGAGAGGGCAUUGUUGGCCUGGAAACAGAAUAUGGCACUCUUCAUAUAAAACUCUUCCCAGACUGUGCGCCCUAUUCUGUAGCCUACAUUCUUGAGCUGCUCACACUACGUCAUUGUGCUGGGUGCCAAUUUUAUCGUGCAGAGGGCCGAGGUCAGUUGUGGGAUUCAGAAGGAAAUCACAUAAAAAAGGCUCCUUUUGGGCCUCCUUUUGCAAUAAUUCAAGGGACAUUAGAAGCUCAAGGAACAACAUUCAAGAAAAUUCCAACUGAGGAGUGCCCAUACAUAAGAAGGGGUUCAGUGGCCUGGGUUGGCUCUGGUCCAGAGUUCUUCAUUAGCCUAGCUGAUCACCAAGAAUGGAAGAAAGCAUACACUGUCUUCGGUUCUGUUCUUCCAGAAGACAUGGAAAUUGCAGAGAAAAUUGCGCAGCUCCCCACCAUAUCGGAUGUAUGGAACAAUAUUAACGUGUCUGUCUUGGAAAAGCCAGUUCCCUUGUUGGUGCAAAGACUCAACGGCUGGGGAAAUCUUAACACAGAUGUGAAAUCAGAUUAAAAAUGUUUCUACUUGGCCAGGCCAUGAAUGCUUUUUGUUACAAUUACGAGAGAAGCUCACAUUGUAAUGUAGCCGUGUAAUUUUUUAUUAUAUUUUUAGUUUGAUCGUCGGAUUAUUUUUCUUUUU